AUGGCAGGAAUUACGGACUUCGAGGUCCACGGCUUUGUGAUCUCGGGAUUUCCACUCGGAAUCGAGAGCAGAUCUAGGGUCACUCUAUCGAGGCGAGCCAUAAUAGAAGGCACGGAACUACCUCAAACUCCGAAAGAGCGCAUCUACCGAACGCUUGUGGUGCUCUUUCGCGCGAUGCUAUUCUACAGAAACCUCGAGGAGUUUGAUGGCUUUGAGAAAUUAAUCACCAAGGCCAUGGGUAUCUAUUCCAACUCGGAACCAUUCCUGGAGGCCGCCGCCCGGUUUUAUGUUCGGGCCCGAGAUCAAUAUAUCACGCGAAACGGCUGCGAUGGUGACAGGAAGUGUCUUCUUGCCUCCCUCGUCGACCAGUGGCGCCACCGUCGACGGGCGGAUAUCGCUGCUAGCCUUAAAUUCGGGAGCGGCGAGGCCAAAGACCAUUAUGCCCGCCAAUUUGGCUCCGAGGAUGCUAGUUAUCCCGGCACUCCUGUCUGGGAGCCCGCAUCCACAACCUCAGUCAAGAAUGGCCCUCGACGUGCUGACACCGCGAUCAACAUCGCGAACAGCAGUGCUCAGGCUAAAGCUGCUGAAACUAGGGAAGCCCGUCCCCCGAAGCGGAAACUGGAGUCCUCUUCGCUAAAAAUUGAUACACAUGCUAGAAGGCCGCUGAGCCCGAACUGGCAUGGCCGUCUGGAUAGGUGGACCCCUGCUACCGAAGAGGCUGCUACGCGUGCCGCAGGCCGCUUAAGCCCUUAUGCCCAUGAGAAAGGCCAUCUUCAGGAAAUGUUAAGCGCUGGGAAGGGUGCGGAAGUGGCUUCUUUCCCUCUAGAAUCAGACCCUCCCUGUAUGGCUGGUGAGGCUUGCAUGGUCACGGACCCUUUGCCCAAGGCUAACAAUAUGCCCCCGGAGCGACGUACCACGGAAGAAAAUGCCGAGCCGAGAAGCCAAUCGCGAACUUCGCCUUCCCUCAGCGGCCUGCAUUCGGACAUGUCUCAGGGCCCAGAAAGUGGUGGGAGGAGCUUUGAAGACUCGGUUCAAGAACUAAUCUGGAGCUCCGAGCUUACCGUUUUGUCCCAAAGGACGGCAGAAUUAGAGAAUCUGGCGAUCUCGAAUAAGCUCAAGAGCAAGGGUCUGACGCGUCUACGAUGGUACUGCCAAGUCUGCGAAAAGGCUUGCCGAGAUGCAAAUGCCUUCAAGAUGCACUGUAUGUCGGAGUCGCACGUACGAAACAUGGUUAUUGUCGGGGAGAAUUCGAAGGCCUUCAUCCAAGAUUAUAGCGAUACGUUGAUGAAGGAUUUCAUCGGCCUGCUGAAGACGGCGCAUGGCGAGAAGCAGGUCAACGCGAAUCAUUUCUACCAAGAAUACAUCGCCAACAAGGACCACGUCCACAUGAACGCGACAAAGAGGCAGGAGGCCCUGAGGCGGAAGAAUCUGCAGGACCAGGGCGACGAGGAGCUCGAGACGAAGAUGAUUCGCGAACAGAUUAAGCGGGCGCAGGCGGCGGCGCAGGCGUCCCACAUGACGGAGGAAGAGAGGGCGGAAAAGGAGCAGCAGCUGAAGCAGGCCGAGGAGACGGCCGCCAAGGACACCGCGGCCCCGGGUGUGGCCACGGACGGUCAGGAACUCGAGCCAGCCGUGGGCAAGGAGGAGACCGCCCCCGCGGCGAAACCGGCGGGGCUGGCGGGAUUCUCGAUGAAGGCCUCCGCGAAGCCGCAAACCAAGAAUGUGUUUGCGCUGGCCAAGAAGAAUAAGAAAGUCAUGUCGGAGCAGCCGAAGAAGAUGAGCGAGGCGGAAAGAAUCAUGAAGGAGGAGACGGACCGGAAACGAGCGCGCGAGGGGUCUGGGUUCGGGGGUCCAUCCGUGAAGAAGCGCAAGAACUUUUAG